AUGAGUGCGUACUUGCUGCAGCUGUUGGGGAUGGGCCGGGCGCUGGUGGACGCGUGCGACGCGGCCCUCCUGGCGCUCACGGGCGGCGGCAGCCGUCGCUUUCGCAGGGGGCUGGGUCUGGUCUUCGCCCUCUCUUCGGCCACGGUUGCCGCCACUCUGGCCGCCCUCCUGCGCCGUCGUUACCUCCUCACCGCGGGAGUGACGACGGGCGCGCCACCGCGCCAUCGAUUUGAUUUCGUGGUAGUGGGUGGCGGCAGCGCCGGGUGCGUGCUGGCCUCGCGCCUGUCUGAAGACCCCAAGGUCAGCGUGCUCCUGCUCGAAGCCGGCCAAGAGGAAACGUUCGAGAAGAGCAUUGCGGUGCCGAUCGCGGCUAUUCAGCUGCAGAAGACGCCCGUGGACUGGGCAUUCCAAAGCGAGGCGCACCAUGCCACCGACGGACGCGUGCACGUGUGGCCGCGCGGCAAAGUCUCCUUGAACUGGAUGCUCUACGUUCGCGGCAAUCCUGGCGACUACGACCUGUGGGCCAACGAGUUUGGCUGCACCGGGUGGUCGUACGAGGAGGUGCUGCCCUACUUCCGCAAGUCCGAGCACAGAGUCAUCGAGCCGUGGCACACGGCGGCCACCAACGACGAGAAGCACAGGGGAGCCGAUGGACCCCUCGUGGUGAGCGACGUCCAGGCGCCCAACACCAUCACCAGCACAUUCAUCGCUGCGGCCCAGAGUGUCGGCAUUCCGUACAACCCGGACUUGAACGGUGGCCAACAGCUCGGCGUCGGCCACGCCCAACUGACCAUCGACAACGGACGUCGGUGCACCACGGCCUACGCGUUCCUCAAGCCGGAAGUGCGGAAGCGGCCCAACCUCACGGUCCUGGUCGGCGCCCAUGCGACGCGCGUCCUGUUUGACAUCGACCGCACCCGCGCUGUUGGUAUUAUGCAGGACCACCUGUUCGUCCCGGUCGCCUUCUCCGCGCUCAAGCCCGUAACGAUGGACAAGGCCGUGGUCGAGAACAUCGGCAACUUGGUUCGGUACCUGCUGUUCAAGAAGGGGCCGUACACUUCCCAGGCCCUCGAGUCGAUGGCCUUCAUCCGCACCGAAAACUGUCACCUGCCCGACCCCAUUCCCGAUCUGCAAAUCCACUGCCUCUGCUCGGGUCUCACCGGCAUGGAGCCCGAGAAGGUCAAGGCGCAGUUCGGCCUCAACAUCGAAGACUACGAAACCAGUCAGUUUGGGUUCUCGCUCCUGCCGACCCUCCUGCACCCGAAGAGCCGCGGCAGCGUGCGGCUGCGCUCCAAGGACCCCUUCGCCCCUCCCCGCAUCCACCCGAACUACCUCAGCGAGGAGGACGACGUCCGGCUGCUCAUGGCCGGCGUCCGGCUCGUGCGCCAGAUCGUGGCGUCGUCGGUGUUCGACGGCAUCCGCGGGCGGGAGAUGUACGACAAGGAGCUGCUCAAGCGGCACCCGGACCCCGAGAGCGAUGGCUACGUGCACGGGCUGAAGAGCCUGCGUGUGGCGGACCUGAGCGUGUGUCCGGAGAUAAUCUCGGGCAACACCAACGCACCGGCAAUCAUGAUCGGCGAGAAGGCCAGCGACAUCAUCCUACACGACACCCUCAUCAGCACCGCCGACGGCCAACAACAGCCGGCCACCACCACUGUCGUCGUCGCUGCUGCUCGCGCCAGGCACAUCGCCCACCUCUAA